GCCCGCGGGACACCGAUUACUGUAGACGCGGGUCGCGGCGAGCAUUUCUCAGCCGGGUGGGUCACGUCAGUGGUCUAAUCUCAGCCGUCCGUUCCAACGGGAAUCCGCACGAGGGUUUCUGAUGAAGGAGCCCGUAAAAAUGGCAAAUGCGCGACCGAACUCCACGAACAACACGUUUUCGAUUCCAAGCAGACGGAAGAAGAUUGGCUUCUCGCUCGCCGCCUAGCUUUCGCCUUCUUCCUCUCUCUCUCUCUCUCGCAUUCUCCCGCGGAUUCAUCUGCGCAGCUCGAGGUCAGCGAGCUGACCUUCGAGCUUCCGAAGCAUCGGUGCGCAUAGCGGAUCCAUUCAUUUCGGUGCUCGUUUUCGCUCGGAGGAGGCUCUGCAUUUCGUUCCUUUUCGUGGUUGAUCUCGAGGAAGUUUUGAGUUCGAGCUGUUAACCAGAGGAUUCUUUUGAUAAUUUGCUCUAGGUGUUGCGAUCUAUCAGGAUUAGAGAGUUUCAUACCAUUAUUUUGUAAAUUUGUCGACACAAUCUCGGUCAAGCAGCUUCGGUCCUCUAGCUGAUUUCGACAUGGCCACGGCAUUGCAUUUUACUGGUGCUAAAGUUUCCAGUUCCAACUCUCUCUCUUGGGGGAGUUCUUUGCAACAAAGAUCCGUACUGCCUCAGCGGCUUCAUUUUGCGAUUUCUGUUGGUUCGAGUUCAUCAGUGCCUAGGAGCUUAAAGAACUCUUGUAGGAGCAGAGUUUUCCAAGUGAGCUGUGCAGGAGCAAAUGUAGACGUCCUAGAGAAAAGCUCGACCUUAACUCAAAGCUUCAGUGAUUCUGAGAAUCAACUGACCUGUGUCAUGAAAUUUGGUGGCUCUUCGGUAGCUUCUGCUGAGAGAAUGAGAGAGGUUGCUGAUCUUAUCCUCAGCUUUCCCAGUGAGAGGCCUGUGAUUGUUCUAUCCGCGAUGGGAAAGACGACAAACAAGCUUUUACAGGCUGGAGAGAAGGCUGUCAGUUGUGGUGUUACUAACGUGUCCUGCAUUGAUGAGCUAAGCUUUAUAAAGGAACUCCAUCUUAGGACUGUGAAGGAGCUUGGAGUUGACGAAUCAAUAAUAGCAACUCAUCUGGAAGAAUUGGAUCAACUUCUGAAGGGAAUUGCUAUGAUGAAGGAGCUCACAUUACGGACUAGAGAUUAUUUGGUUUCUUUCGGGGAAUGCAUGUCCACGAGGAUUUUUGCUGCCUAUCUAAAUAAGAGAGGAGUAAAGGCCCGACAAUAUGAUGCCUUUGAGAUUGGCUUUAUUACCACUGACGACUUCACAAAUGCGGACAUCCUGGAAGCAACUUAUCCAGCUGUUGCAAAGAGGUUACAUGAUGAUUGGGUCACAGAUCCUGCAAUCCCGAUUGUUACUGGCUUCCUCGGAAAGGGCUGGAGAACUUGUGCAGUGACCACACUGGGUAGAGGUGGCAGUGAUUUGACGGCAACCACUAUUGGUAAAGCAUUGGGCUUACGCGAGAUCCAGGUGUGGAAAGAUGUUGAUGGUGUCUUGACAUGCGAUCCCAAUAUAUAUCCGCGAGCAGAGCCUGUACCAUACUUGACCUUUGAUGAGGCAGCUGAACUUGCAUAUUUUGGUGCACAGGUCCUACAUCCUCAGUCCAUGAGACCUGCCAGAGAGGGUGAUAUUCCUGUAAGAGUGAAAAAUUCCUACAAUCCCAAUGCUCCAGGUACCCUGAUAACCAGGACAAGGGAUAUGAGUAAGGCAGUUUUGACUAGCAUUGUUCUGAAAAGGAAUGUUACUAUGCUGGAUAUUGUCAGCACUCGCAUGCUUGGUCAAUUUGGCUUCCUUGCAAAGGUCUUUUCUACCUUUGAAGAUUUGGGCAUAUCCGUGGACGUUGUUGCUACUAGUGAAGUCAGUAUUUCGUUAACGCUGGAUCCAUCCAAGCUCUGGAGCAGAGAGCUGAUUCAGCAGCAUUCGUGUAGGUUGUCCUCUUCCCAAUGCUUCACUCUAACGUUACUGGCAUAUCUUUCUGAGCAGGAGCUUGAUCAUGUCGUGGAAGAACUUGAGAAAAUAGCUGUGGUGAAUCUACUUCAACGCAGAUCAAUCAUCUCACUCAUUGGGAAUGUACAGAGGUCAUCGCUUAUACUAGAGAAGGUUUUUAAUGUUCUACGAACCAAUGGGGUCAAUGUCCAGAUGAUCUCUCAAGGAGCGUCCAAGGUCAACAUCUCCUUGAUCGUGAACGAUGACGAGGCAGAGCAGUGUGUGAGAGCUCUCCAUUCAAGCUUCUUUGAGAGCGACCUUCCCGAGCUGGAUCAUGAAUACGGAAGUACGAAUGGAUCUGCAGUCAAACCAUGACAACACAAUGGUUCAACAGUCUUCGACUCUCUAGACCCAUGUUUAUCUUUGCUGAUCUAUUCCGGGAACUCAUUCCUGGGUUAAAGUCGAGAUGUAACAUUCCUGGGCUUAAUUUAAAGCGUAGUAGCCCACGAUAAGUGAUCAUUAAGUCUAUUAAUUGAUCACAUUUUUUAUUUAGAAGCCUUAGCUGAAGUUAAGGCUAAAUCCCUCUCA